AUGCGUAUCGUGGUGCUCUUCGUUUUUCUUUUUCUAGUGCAUGAAAUUCGCGCGAAUGACGAAAGUCAUGUUCAACUUGAUUUGGAUAUUGGCUCAAGCAGGGAAGCAUUGAGAACCGACGAUGAAGUGAUCAAACGAGAAGAAGAAGCAAUCAAAAUUGAUGGCCUUAAUGUGUCACAAGUAAAGCAGAUGAAGGAGGCGGUACAAAAAUUUACUUUUCAGGCGGAAGUUAGCCGGAUGAUGAAACUCAUAAUUAAUUCCCUGUAUCGCAAUAAGGAAAUAUUUUUAAGAGAGCUUAUUUCCAAUGCUUCUGAUGCACUUGAUAAAAUUCGUCUUUUGUCUCUGACAGAUGAUUCUGCCCUGAGUGCAACAAAUGAGCUGGUCAUUAGAAUAAAGAUUGACCAAGAUGAUCGGAUUAUUCAUAUCACUGACACUGGGAUUGGGAUGACAAGGAAAGACCUCAUAAACAACCUUGGAACUAUAGCGAAGUCUGGAACUUCAGAUUUCUUUGGUAGAAUGCAAAAUUCAUCUUUCACAAAAGAAGAAAUGAGUGACCUGAUUGGACAGUUUGGUGUUGGGUUCUAUUCUUCUUUUCUUGUUGCUGAUAAGGUAGUGGUGAAGAGUAAGCAUAAUGAUGACAAGCAGUAUAUAUGGGAGUCAGAUGCAGGAAGCUUUUCCAUCACAGUGGAUCCUGAUGGUGACAGUUUGAAACGAGGAACCACAGUAAGUCUUCAUCUGAAAGAAGAUGCUUAUGAAUACACAGAUAGAGAAACUGUCAAAAAAUUAGUUCAGAAAUAUUCACAGUUUAUAAACUUCCCUAUUUACCUUUGGCACCAAAAGACUGUUGAAGAAAAGGUCAUUGAAACUCCUAUGAAGGAAACAAAAACAAGAAAAGAUGAUUUGGGCGUGGAAGAAGAGCUGCAAGAGAAUGAAGCUAUAACUGUAAAAAAAUUAGUAGAUGACUGGGAGCUUCUAAAUGUUGAUAAGCCCAUCUGGACUAGGAAGCCAUCGGAAGUGCAAAAUGAAGAGUACUAUGAAUUUUACAAAGCACUGACAAGAGACACAAAAAAUCCGUUAGCAAAAAUGCAUUUUGCAGUAGAAGGUGAUGUUGCUUUCAAAGCUGUUCUGUUCAUCCCACAAGAACAACCAGAAGAGAUUCUAAAAAAUUAUGGGAAGUGGACAGAUAAUAUCAAGUUUUAUGUACGUCGGGUGUUUAUAACAGACGAGUUCAAAGACAUGCUCCCAGACUAUAUACAAUUUGUGAAAGGUGUUGUUGAUUCUGAUGACUUGCCACUUAAUGUAUCUCGUGAAACACUUCAGCAACAUAAAUUAAUAAAAGUCAUUCAGAGAAAACUUAUUCGGAAAGCACUUGAUAUGAUGCUUCAGCUUGAAAAGGAAGAUUACAUGAAAUUUUGGAAGGAAUACUCUACUAACAUCAAACUAGGAGUUCUUGAGGACAGUAUUAAUCGAGCAAAAUUGGCGAAACUUUUAAUGUUUCAUUCUUCUUAUAGCAAUAGUAUGACAACCUUGUCAGAAUACAUAGAAAGAGCAAAACCAAAUCAGGAUCAGAUCUAUUACAUUGCAGGGGCUACACUGGAGGACCUGCAAACAUCACCUCUUGUGGAGGGUCUCCUCAGAAGAGGCUAUGAAGUUCUGUAUAUGAUUGAAGCAGUAGAUGAGUACUGUAUAAACAAAUUGCCAGAAUUUGGGAUGAAAAGAUUCCAAAAUAUAGCCAAAGAAGAUUUUAUAAUGCCGAUAGCAGAGGAUGAUAACGUAGACUGGGAAAAAAUUAUGGAAGAAUAUGAACCACUCAUCCAUUGGUUAGAAAGAGAUGUAUUAAAAGAGAAAAUACAACGCGCAAAAAUUUCCCAAAGACUCAUGGAAUCUCCUUGUGCUCUGGUAGCUAGCGUAUUUGGCUAUACAGGGAACAUGGAACGCUUGGCUGUAUCAACAGCUCACAGAAAAUCAUAUCAGAAUGACAACAGAAGCAAAAUAAAGACAAAGAAGAUAAUGGAAAUCAAUCCCCAUCAUGAAUUAAUUAGGGAGUUACAUAGACGAUUUAAAUACCAACCAGGAGAUGAAACUGUGAAACAAAUGGCCAUUAUGUUAUACCGUCUUGCUGCUUUGAAGUCUGGAUAUAUGUUAGAUGAUACCUUCGCAUUUUCUCAAGAAGUAGAAAAUAUGAUGGUAAAACUUCUUGGCACUGGAGAGUUCAAGGAAGAUUCUGGAAGGAUCAAAACCGGCAGUAUUGAAGAUGAAGAUAUUCAUGAAGAGCUAUAAGUUUUUAAAAUGAUUUGUUAGCCUUUCCAAAUUUUCUGGAUUGU